AUGCCCACCUUACAGACUCGAGCCACACUGGCCGAGCACGGAGUGACAAUAGACCAUGAAGGCCCCCAGGAAGAGGAAAAGGACUCCAAUCCCCACCUGCUCUGGAGCCGUAUCAGGUACCAAUGCCAGGACGCCUUCUCCGAGUUCUUUGGCGUCUUCAUAAUGAUCCUCUUCGGUGACGGCGUCGUGGCCCAGGUCGUCCUUAGCAACGGCGAAAAAGGCGACUAUCAAUCCAUAUCCUGGGGCUGGGGCCUGGGUGUCAUGAUAGGCGUGUAUGUUGCCGGGAAGUCUGGAGGCCAUCUCAAUCCCGCCGUGACGCUGUCGAAUUGCGUAUACCGUGGCUUCCCCUGGAGAAAGUUCCCCGUUUACAUCGUAGCGCAGACCAUGGGCGCCUUUUGUGCUUCGCUGGUAGUCUACUACAACUACUACUCGGCCAUCGACACUUUCGAAGGCGGACGCAUGCGAACGGUACCCCCCGCAACGAACGCAACCGCAGGCAUCUUCUGCACAUAUCCCGCCGCCUUCCUGACGCGAACUGGCAUGUUCUUCUCCGAAUUCGUCGCCAGCACAAUCCUCAUGUUCUGCAUCUACGCCUUUGCCGACAACAAAAACGUCGGCGCAAACAACCUCACCCCGCUCUGUCUCUUCUUCCUCAUCUUCGGCAUCGGCGCCUGCUUUGGCUGGGAAACUGGCUACGCAAUCAACCUAGCCCGCGACUUCGGCCCCCGCCUCGCCUCCUACGCCGUCGGCUACGGCAGCGAAGUCUGGAGCGCCGGCAACUACUACUUCUGGAUCCCCAUGGUCGCGCCCUUUUUCGGCACCCUCUUCGGCGGCUUCCUCUACGACACCUUCAUCUUCACGGGGAAGAGCCCGAUUAACACGCCGUUUAUGGGCCUCAAGCGGCUUGUCGUGUUGCAAGGGCGUGGGUCCGCUUCUUUGUCGAGGUCGGGGGCUGUUUGA